AUCACAACUAAUUUCGUUGUGAACUAACUGGCACAGAAAUUUGCUAAAAGCGAGAAGCAGUUUUCAAAGAAAUAUUAAAUAAAAUAAAAAUUAUACCAAAAAAAAAUUAAAACGCAACGAAAUGUCGGUAGCUUGGUUAAGAUUGGCCACAGGAUACGCCCGUAUUGGCUAUAAAUGGAAUAAUGGAAACCAUGUGCAAGGACAACCUUCAAAGAUGAAGUUUCCUUCGCUGGCUCGCUAUCUACAUGCCACUUGGAUGAACCGCAAGGAUAAGAAGUCCGGCGAUGAGACUGAAAAGGAGACGGAGAAGAAAAAUGAAGAGGUUUGCGAGGAAAUUGCAGAAUUCUCACGUGAUCCUUGUGAUGACGUUGCUGGAGGUGGUGGCAAAGGCCAGGCUUUGACAAAAGGAGGCGAUGGCAAAACCCAGGGUGGCGGAGGAACUGCUCCAAAGAAUUUGCAGGGCAAACGUCGUGAGGGUCAGAUACAAGCUGUCAUUGGACCCGUGAUUGAUGUAUACUUUCCGGAUGAAUUGCCCGAGGUACUAAAUGCCAUCGAAGUUAUAGAUGCUCCAGUUGAGCAUUUGGUCUUGGAGGUUUUUCAUCAUCUGGGUGCCAAUGUAGUGCGCUGUGUGGCCAUGGAUUCUACCGAGGGACUGCGUCGUGGUCAGAAAGUCAUCGAUACGGGUUAUCCUAUUCGUGUGCCCGUUGGCAAGGCCGUACUUGGACGUAUUCUUAAUGUGGUGGGCGAUCCGAUCGAUGGACGCGGUGAGGUUAAAUCCGAUUUCUACUCUUUUAUCCAUAACGAUGCACCCGAAUUGGAAGAUCUAAGUGUAAAACAGGAAAUGUUAGUCACUGGAAUUAAGGUAAUUGAUCUACUGGCCCCUUAUGUGAAGGGUGGCAAGAUUGGACUCUUUGGCGGUGCCGGUGUAGGUAAAACUGUGCUCAUUAUGGAGCUAAUUAAUAACAUUGCCAAGUCACAUGGUGGAUAUUCUGUAUUUGUUGGGGCCGGAGAGCGUACACGCGAAGGCAAUGAUCUUUACCAUGAAAUGAUCGAGUCCAAGGUAAUCUCCAUUGAUGAUGAUUCGUCUAAGGUGUCGCUUGUAUUUGGCCAGAUGAAUGAGCCGCCCGGAGCACGCUCUCGCAUUGUGCUGACAGGGUUGACCAUUGCAGAAUAUUUUCGAGAUAUCGACGGUCAGGAUGUUUUGCUGUUCAUCGACAAUAUAUUCCGUUUCACCCAGGCCGGAUCUGAGGUGUCCGCUCUAUUGGGACGCAUACCGUCGGCGGUAGGGUACCAGCCAACGCUGGGCACUGACAUGGGUACCAUGCAGGAGCGUAUCACCAGCACACGCAAUGGCUCAAUAACCUCGGUUCAGGCUGUAUAUGUGCCUGCCGAUGAUCUGACCGAUCCGGCACCUUCGGCUACAUUCUCUCAUUUGGAUGCCACCACUGUGUUGUCGCGUCAAAUUGCCGAGCUUGGUAUUUAUCCGUCCGUAGAUCCAUUGGAUUCAGUCUCGCGUAUUCUGGACCCAGAGAUUGUGGGUGAAGAGCAUUACAACGUGGCUAGAUUGGUGCAGAAGACAUUGCAGUCGUAUAAGUCACUUCAGGAUAUUAUUGCCAUUUUGGGCAUGGAUGAGCUGUCCGAAGAUGAUAAAUUAACGGUUACGCGUGCCCGUAAAAUGCAGCGUUUUUUCUCCCAGCCAUUCCAGGUGGCCGAGGUGUUCACCGGCCAUCCAGGUAAAAUGGUUCCCGUCGAGAAAUGUGUGGAUGGCUUUAAGCGUUUAUUGAAUGGAGAAUUUGACGACAUUCCGGAAAUUGCCUUCUAUAUGGUCGGUGAUGCUGACGAGGCUGUUGCUAAAGCAAAUCAAUUGGCUGCCGCACUGGACGAGAAACCGAAGGACAAAGCAGCGAAGCCAGACGAAGGGGACAAAGAUGCUGCCAAGGAUGAAAAGAAGCCGGAGGAGACCAAAGAUGCCUCCUCUAAUGCAGAAAAGCCAAAGGGUGAUAAGGAUUCGAAGCCAAAGAAGGAACCGCCAAAAGCUGAAACCAAGGCUGCCACAUCGUCGAAAAAAGCUGAACCGCCCAAGGCAAGUUCCACCAAGGAUGCCAAACCAUCAAAAGAGAAGAAAGACGAGACAAAAACAAAGGGAGAUUCUCCAAAAGAUGAGGACAAUAAGAAAUAGAACAACAAUUUUGAUCUUCAAUCAAAUUGAUGAAAUUUUGCAAAUUAAAUUUUACUAAAAUUUAAAA